AUGGGCUUGAGGUUGGAUUGUGAGGAAGUCAAAGAUAACAGAGAGCUGGAGGGAGCCGAGGAGGAUGACGAUUGGGGCUGGAUGGACAAGGAGGACAUUGUGGAAAGAGGCUAUAAUGCCCUUGAUAAACGUCGGUUGAUCAAGCAAGGGUUGGAUCAAUUAAGGCCAGAUGUUGUUUUUCUUCAAGAAACAAAGAUGGACAAUGGGGAAGAGAAGUCUCUUCUGGGGUCUUGGAAGCAGUGGUCGGGGGUUUUUGUGGAUUCGGAAGGAGCCUCGGGAGGAUUGGGCAUCCUCUGGAAUGCAAAUAUUCAUAAGGUGGAGGAAGGUUUGGCCUCUAAUAUGUGGCAGUUUGGCAAUAUUUUUGCUAUCAAAAGGGAUCUAGAGAACAGAUUAGCAAGUUUACAAGAAGACAUCAUUCAAAUGGGGAUGACAUCAAAGAAAUUUUUGCAAGAACGAGAACUCAAAGGACAAUAUAGUGAGGUGCUAGCCCGAGAGGAGGUUUUUUGGAGGCAAAAAUUGAGAGAGUGUUGGCUUAAGGAAGGGGAUAGAAAUACAAAAUUCUUUCAUAAUUCGGUCAAGGCGAAAAGAUCUAGGAACAAAAUCACGACCAUCCUCAAUAGAGAGAAUGUAGUAUUAGACAAAGUGGAUGAUAUCAAUAAAGAGGCGGUGGAGUUCUUUCUAACUUUAUUAUCUAAGGAUAAUGAUCCAAAACUGGAGAAGCAACAAGAAGGGUUGAAUGUUAUCCCGGAGUUGAUAACAGAUGCACAAAAUCAGUCACUGAUGAAACCAAUUCAAUUUGAGGAGGUGAGAAAGGCGGUUUUUAGUAUGGAAGGCGAUAAAGCGCCAGGGCCAGACGGUUUCUCGACCUUUUUCUUUCAAACUUUCUGGGAGGUUGUGGGUUUUGAGGUUUGGGAAGUUGUGGAGGAAUCUCAGAAUAGAGUGAGUGUGGCAAAGGAGUUUAACUGCACACUCAUUGCCCUUAUUCCUAAGGUGGAGCACCCUGUCAGUUUCAGUGAAUUUCGACCAAUUUCUUUAUGCAACACCAUCUACAAAAUCAUUUCUAAAGUGAUGGCAAAUAGAUUGAAACCUUUAUUAAGCCUAAUUAUAUUAGAAGAACAAAGUGGCUUUGUUCCGGGCAGAUCGAUUAUGGAAGGGAUAAUCAUCGCGCAUGAGGCAAUUCACACAGUCCGUCAAGUGAAGGUGAAUGGAAUGAUGAUUAAAUUAGAUAUUAGAAAAGCUUAUGACAUGGUGGAUAGGGAAUUUCUUAUCCAGCAACGGCGAGGGAGAUGGAAAGGCAUCAAAAUUGCGGAAGGGAUGGACCCAGUGACUCAUCAGCAAUUUGCGGAUGAUACUCUACUCUGUGGACAGUCCUCACUGCAAGAGGCCCGAGUCAUGAGAAAGACACUAGAUAUUUUUUGUAAAGCAAGUGGACAGCAAGUUAAUUGGUCCAAAUCAGAAGCUAUAUUCUUUAAUACAGAAAUAGGCAGACAACAAGCAAUCUCAAACAUCUUAGGGGUUAGAAUGGGGACCCUUCGGGGCAAAUUUUUGGGUACCCCCUUGUUUGGUGGUAGGAACAAUUUGAGCCUAUGGAAAAACCUCAUUGAAGCUUGUGCAAACCGAUUAGAAGGUUGGAAGAGCAAAUGGAUUUCGCUAUCUGGGCGGAUCUUGCUGCUGAAAGCGGUUCUUUCGGCUCUUCCCAUUUUCUCCAUGAUAGCCCUUAGGAUUCCGGAGAAAGUGAUCAAUUUUAUUAACAGGGGAAUGAGAAAAUUUUUGUGGAAUGGCAAAGAGGCAAAUGACAAAAUUCCUUUGGUAGCUUGGGACAAAGUCUGUCAAGACAAAUAG